UAGUGGAAUGGUCAGAAUGAGCCGUUGUUGUUGUGUGUACACAGACGGUAUUGAUUGUCAGGCAUGGAGAUCGGAGCGGUCUCGGCUCGGACACACACUCAUACACACACUCACACUCACACACACUCAGACCUGAAUUAAAAGGCCGCGACUUCACCGGAUUUUCGGUUUUAUUUAAUAGGAACUGAUUGUUUUAGUGGAAGUAAACUUUCCCUUUUUUUAGCAGGAGGAUUUAAAUGGAUUACGCGCUGUGAUAACAGUCCUACAGCCUUUUUUCUGCUGUUAGCGACUCAGCUAGGUUUAGACUGGCGAUAUUUGAAUUUUCCAACCUACUUCGUUCUUGUUUUAGAAGUUCCUGGCUGUUAUUAUGGCUUGUCGGGGUGAUUUGAUGUGUAAAAACCUCCGCGUUUAGCUAGAAAGCUUAGCAGCAGGUGCUUGUAGCCGUGUCGCUGCUUUCUGCCCGCUGAACGGAGCGCGAUAUGCGGCAUGUACAGGAGCCGCUUCCCUGCAGCCGGAGCACGAAGCUGGACAUGAAAUCGGUUUAAACCCAACCGAUUAAAUGCCUUCAGGACAAUUACAAUUCCGGGUGUUUCAUAAUUCCUCCUUAGGACAAUUUAUCAAGCGGUUGGAUAACCUGUUUUUGGGGAAGGAGACUCAACGCAUCGACGAGAGACACACACACACACACAGAGAGAGGAGAGGAAAAAAAAAAGCAACAGACCGAAUUUAAAAAAAAAAAAACCCGUGAUAUUAAAGGAUCCGAGCGAGACCAGAGGCAUGAUUUCUCAGGGAAUAAAGCUUGCCUGGAUCUAGGAAACGCAUCAACGCUUCCAUUUAUGAUUCCUCGAGGCCUCUCGCAGCCGUAGAGCCUAAAAGCUGCAUCAUGCUGGCGUGCCUGCCGAGAAGACAGAACCAACCCGCCCAGCACCCGCCGUGUGCUGCCAAGAUCCUGGACGCUCCCGUCAGCCUCAAAAGUGAUCUGAGCUCAAUGCAGUCUCCGCGGUACCCCUCUGCUGCUGAGCUGGACGCCUACGCACAGAAGACGGCAGAUAGUCCACUGUCCAUCAAGAUCUUCCCAUCCAAUAUCAGGGUCCCACAGCACAAACAAAUUGGCCGGACUGUCAAUGGCUUGGACACGACAGGCCAACGCUUCAGCCCUUACUCCCAGCCCUACUCCAGUGGCUACCAGGGCUUGCUGGCCAUUGUCAAAGUCCCCACUGUGACCAAAGGCAUAGUAAAGAGCUCUGAUGGCAAGAGGACUAAACUGUCGCCCAUCCAGAUGGCGGUGGCACCUUAUGCACCACCCAGCAGCAACAGUUUGGCUCACAGGCACAGGCAGAGGCCAUACAGCUUGGAGCUUUGCAAACCUCCUGAGGUGCACAACGUCCCAGUGCCACCCAAUGUUGUGGUACCAGCUUCUGCUACAUCCCUCUCUAGUGGGCAAAGCUUGGCUCUGGCUUCCCACUCAGACCACGCAUCCCUUGGCAUAGUGAGACAAAUGGCUAGGACGUCCCACGCCCAAGGGCUUCAGGCUUCUCUGGAAGAUCAUUCCAGCCCAUCUCAUCAAGCAGCCACAGCCUGCUUGGAUUCCAGCUUCAGCAUGGACAUGGCCAAAACUACGGGCUACAUGGACACUAUGGAAUACGCGAUAUGGCAGUCCAAGCAGCAGAGACAUCAACAGCAGAAGCAGCACUAUCAGCAGGGUCCGUUACACAGGUACAGUGCCAACAGCAGCAGCAGCAGAGCUACCAUUAGCAGAUCUCCAGAUGUAUGCUUGCCCCCAGGUACCACUCAGAUCCCAUACAGGGCUCAUGCCCUCAGCACAGGCACCUGUGUAACGGGUGUUACACUGGACCGGGUAGGCUCAUCACCUUUGAACUGCACUGCCACACAUGGUGACUUCUCUGCUGGCCAGUUCUUCGCACCUCAUUGGAACAGCACGCUUGCUACGCCUGACAGCGACUGUUACAACCCGCAGGAGUUGCCCCCCGGCUCGGUGGGGCUCGGCCACAGCCAUGGCCGGCCUCAGCGCCAAGCCCACUGUGUGCCGCAGCAGUACCCAGGUCUCGGCCUUUGUUGCGGGCUUCCUGGCCGGAGCCUGUGUCAGGCCUCCCUGCUCAGCAGCAGCCUACAGUCUCUGGAGUGCCUGAUCAGCGAGAUCCACCCACCCUGUAUCAAGGAGCGCAUGCUGGGCCGUGGGUACGAGGCCGUUCAGCCCACGCACAUCCAGCUGCCUGUGUUCAGAUAGGGGGCAUCAGACAACUGAUUCGAGAAGGUCAAAAGUGGACUGUUGGGAUUAAGAGAUGAAGGAUUUGCCUUUUGUGGAUGUGUGUCUUUGGUAAAGGGCUCAGUGGGUUUUUGCAAAGCUUAAAAGGGUACCAGUGAUUCUCACUCCCUGCAAAAGAUCGGAGUUGCAGCUUAACUCGCUGCUGGACUGACUUCAUGUACUACAAGAAGUACUCAUAUUCCACAGUUUUGCAGCAACAGGGAUUUUGUGGCAUCAUACCAUUACUUCUGAUCCAAAUGAUCUGAAUGGAACCAUUUCAGAUUAGCUGCCAAAUUCUCAACAGGAAGCAAACUGCCCACUAUUGCAGGACGUUGACACUUCAGGUCUGUUUACUCCAAAACCAUAACUAAACUGAUGAUAUAUGUUUAGUGAACUCUUGUUGGCAGAGAUUUGUAUAGCCCUGCUAGUACUAAAUCAUAAUAGUUAUGAUUUUUCCAAUUGCACUGUUAUAAAAACCUAUUAAAAUGACUCUGGCAUGGGUUGGUUCUGAGAACAUUUCAUUUAAAAAGAAAACUUGAAUUCUUUUUUCUGUAUUAUGUUUGUGUCUAUCAGUAGACAGGCAUAUUUAUAAGAUUCUUUAUUCUAGUUGUUUCACCUCUGUUUGUGACCAAUGAUUUUAUUUUAUUUUUUAAUCCAAAUUUUCACCUGUUUCUGGCAAUUUGAUCUAAUUGAUCACUGUCUACUGUAGCCAGUCCAGUGUUUUUUCUUUUUUUUUAAAUGGCAUUUAUGAAUCUGAGAAACAGACUGGGAAGCAUACACUACUGAGCUGGCUCUAUCAGCGACCAGAUGUGAAGCCACACGAGUUACUGUGACUAAGUCUUAAGAGUUUCAACUGGAUUUCAGCGUCAAUGUUCUACAUAUUUUAUUCAUUAUUUAUUGACAUUCGAUUUUCUGUACCAUAUUAGAAGAUACUACCAGGGUAUCUGAAUUUCAGAUAAAAAGAAAUGGGGAAAAAAAGAAAAACAUUUGCCACUUGAUUUUGUUUUCUUUCAUCCAUCAGAAUGGACUAGCUUGAAGCAUUGUUGGGGUAAAAUGGCACACAAUGGGCUAGAUGUUUUAAAAAGUGCAAUUAUAAUGUUGGCAGAUUAGCCCUUUCCCUAUGUUAUGCUUCACUGACUAUUUACUACUGUAUGUAUGACUGUCUGGAACCCCCUCCACAAUUAAGAUUGUCAAAUAAAAUCUAAUUUAGGGAUGUUUUUAAAA